AUGCAGAUUGUACAAAAAAGAAUUCUAGAAGAUGUAAAGCCUCUACGCAUCAUACGCGAGGUGGAGAAAUGGCCAGCGAUAUACGAGAAAGAUAGUCCAGAAAUGAGCAAUCAUCACUUCAGACAUAAAGUUUGGGAAGAAGUAGCUAAAAACGUUUUUGAAAAUUAUCAAAUUUACACAGCUGAAGAGAAAAAAUCUAAAGUAACCGAUUUAAUGAAGAAGUGGCGCAACCUUCGCGACACUUUCAAACGGCAUUUAAAGCAGCAGAAGAACAACCGUGCCCAAGAGGGACCCAAAGACAGAAAGAAGGAGUACGUGUACUUCAAGCACAUGUCGUUUUUGCUGCCGCACAUGGACGGCGGCGGAGGUGGCGGCACUCGCGAGGCUAGAGCCGGGCGCCACUCGCCGCUGCGCCGCUCGCGCCCCACGACGCUCGACCGCAGCCGCCGUGACCGGUCCGUGGAUGCGCUUUCGCCGUCUUCUUCUUCCUGUGCCAUCGAGCACAUCGAUGCAGACAAACAUUUCCUGCUCUCAUUACUACCUUCCUUUAAAAGUAUGAGUGAGAACGAAAAACUUACCGCCAAAAUGGAGAUUCUGAAGGUAAUCAAAGACGUCAAGACCACGUCCGCGGCCCUCGAGACGGUGGUGGCCAACACCACCCCAUGGCUAGCGCCGGCGGUCGCGCACUCAGAUGAAGAGACGAACAAAGUCAAAAAUGAACUGUUUACGGUGGAAGAGUUGGACUACGAGAGCCCUAUUGACUCCGGUGGUGGGGACACAGAAUGA